AUGGAGAAGGGGCUGAUGGAGGGCUUGCAGACGAGCGCACUUAAGCGCACCUCUUCCCGUACGUCUCCGGACAAAAUCAAAUCCGGAUUCCUCAUCGCUGGCGGGAACAAGGGGAGCCCUCCCACUCUGAUCACUCUCUUCCCCGUGCCCCCCCUCCAAGGCGGUCCUGGCAGCAGAGACACGGGGACAGAGCUCGCAGAGCCCAGCGAGUCUGCCGGGCCGCCGGAGGGCCCAGCGCCCAUGCGGGCCGGCCUCGCCCCUCGCUCCCUCAGAGGCCCACUGCGCGGGGCGGCUCUUUGCCCCUCCGCCGCCGGGAGCGUCUCGGAGGGUGGGGGCGGGGAAGAGAACGGAACUGACCGAUUCAGCCCAGGCCACCUGCCGUCAACGUUGUCCAGUCCCGUCGGCUCGGGGCCCCGUGGGUGGCAAAAGCCGGAGCCCAACACCACGCUCUUCAUCGCACCGCCUCCCUCCGAGCCUUGGCCUUUCUCAUGCUCCUCCCCUCCCUCACGGGGAGGGCGCAGAGGACCCGCCCUCGGACACAGCAGGCGGCCCCCCCAGCCUGCGGCCUCGGGCGGCUGGACCCGGGAAGAGGCGCCCCGAGCCGGCAGGGCCCCGUCCUCUCCCACCUCCGCGCGUCUGCCCGGGCCGUACCCCUCAGGGGCGGCCCUGCCCGUCUCUACGUGCGUGUACACCGUCCCCCCCACCCCACCGGGCUUCCCCCCUCGGGGCCUCCCCGCUCCCUCCUCCUACCUGGAGGGGCCGAGGAGCCGCGGCGUCGACGUUGGGCAGCGCGGCCGAGCCGCCCGGCCCUUCCCCAAGGCCGCGCAGGCGCCCUGGCCUUCACGCCCACAAGACCCCGCGGCUCAGGCUCCCCGCGGGGCCGGGCAGAUAGCUCCUGAGGAAGGGAAGGGGAGGGGCCCCCGCGGCCAGCGCUCCCACUGCGCCUGCGCCGCGCCUCCCCUCCCCCCCCCGCCUGGGCCUCUGCCGGGGAGCCGCGAGUCUUCGACUCCUCAGGCGAAUCCAGGCGGGGACAGCACUGCGCCUGCGCCCCACGAGGCAGGCCCAGGCCGGACGGCUCCUGGCGCCUGA